UGAUCAGGUAGCGACCGAAAUCACAAAAUGUUUCCAAAAUUUAUUAUAAGUUUAUUAUUUACAUUUUGUUAUUAUGGUUUUAUAGUUAAUGCUGUUGGAAUUUUGCCGACAAAUAUAGAGCAGAAUCAACGUAACAUUAAAGAAACAACUGAUGGUACGACUAUUGUUACUCAGGCUUCACAAGAACACCAUGUGGUCAUCAAGCCACAACAGACAAAACGCCCCUUAUUAAUAUCAUUAAUAUGGAGAGCCAUAUGCCUAAUUCCAACAAUAAUUCUUUCGAGAAUUGGUUUGGUCUCAGAGAGUAGGGUUGCAGAAUUAGCAUCAGUUUUCAUUUCAUUUGGAAAAGAUAAGGUUGCUGUUUGA